AUGUCGUUUUUGGGAUUCAAAGAAAUCUUUGUGAAACAGAAGACGUUUAGGCCGAAAAAAAAAUUUCCGCCAGAAACCAUACAUUAUCAUCUUCAUAAGCAAGCUGAAGCUUCCCUCAGUGCUGGUAUAGAUCUACGAGAGGCUGUUAAAAGGCCCCCAGAUGAGGAACUCAAUGACUGGAUAGCUGUUCAUGUUGUCGACUUCUACAAUCGGAUAAAUCUCAUAUAUGGCACGAUUUGUGACAGAUGUACAGAUAAAACCUGUCCGCGUAUGACGGGAGGCAAAAAGUUUGAGUACCACUGGCGCGAUGCUCAUCGAUAUCGGAAACCCACUCCAGUGCCCGCUCCGCUCUACAUCAGCCUCCUAAUGGAUUGGAUUGAGGAGCAGAUUAGUAAUCCCGACAUCUUCCCCACUUCUGUGGACGUACCUUUCCCCAAGAAUUAUUUAAGUGUCGUGAAAAAAAUCAUGAGCCGGCUCUACCGCGUGUUUGUCCAUGUGUACAUCCACCACUUCGAUCGGCUGGUCGAGAUAGCGGCGGAGGCACAUGUGAAUAUUUGCUAUAAGCACUUCUACUACUUUGUCACCUACUUCAAUCUCAUCGAUCCAAAGGAACUGGCUCCUCUUCGUGAAUUGACGGAGAGAAUAUGUAAUUGA